AUGUCUUUCAAGGUCAAACCUUUAGAAACUCUCAUUAAUAACGAUAAUCGGACCAAGCGUCUGGACUACAAUGGUGGCGAAGCGGACUUGAUCUUAUACGGUAAUUGGACCAAGCGUCUGGACUCCAGUGGUGGUGAAGGGGACUUCAUCUUAUAUGAUAAUUGGACCAAACGUCUGGACUACAGUAGUGGUGGUGAAGGGGACUUGAUCUUAUAUGAUAAUCGGAUUAAGCGUCUAGACUACAGUGGUGGUGAAGGGGACUUCACCUUAUAUGAUAAUCGGACCAAGCGUCUAGACUACAGUGGUGGUGAAGGGGACUUGAUCUUAUAUGAUAAUCUGACAAAACGUCUGAACCACAGUGGUGGUGAAGGGGACUUGAUCUUAUAUGAUAAUCUGACAAAACGUCUGGACUACAGUGGUGGUGAAGGGGACUUCAUCUUAUAUGAUAAUCGGAUCAAACGUCUGGACUACAGCAGUGGUGAAGGGGACUUGAUCUUAUAUGAUAAUCGGAUCAAGCGUUUGGACUACAGUGGUGGUAUUUUUCGUGGCUGGGGUUGCGGUGUUGUUGGAUCCGGUAUUGUCCGGUCGCUACUUGAAGAGGGCGCCAGUGUCGUGGUGAACUCCAGAACUGCCAGCCGAUUGGACGAUCUCCACAACAGUAUUCCAGGCAAACUGCAGCGCCGCCUAACGACUAUACAGGAAGACUGUGGCGUGGAAGAUGCCGUCAGAAGAACCAAGGAUUUCAUCAUCAAAGAGUUCGGCCGAGUGGACCACGUGGUCACGUCUUUAGGAUCAUUUUGGCAGAAAGGCGUUUUAACUGACCAGUCCCCUGGAGGAGUUUCAGGGCGGAAAUACAUAACGGCGCGGGGACACAUUUCCCUAGUAUCUAAAGUAUUUCUACCAUACUUGUCCGAACGACCAGGGAGCUCUUUCACGUACAUCACCGGAUCGGGCGGGGAGAAAUGCUUUGACCCGAAGAUCUCGCUGUUGACGGUGAAGGCUGCCUGUCUUUUCGGGGUAGUGGAGGCCGCCCGAGCGCAAUGUCGAGGUGGGAACGUGGCUGUCAUCGAGAUACGCAUCGCUACCUUUGUCCAACCAGCGGAUGAUUCUACGUUCAAAUCUCAGAGCACCGUCGUCGGGCACCGACUACAUGGGGAAAGUCUGCACGUCAAUCAUCAAGCGCCGCCCUUCAGAGUUCGUCCGUGUGACGUCACGUGAUGACAUGGCGA